AUGGUCGCGGCCUAUUCAAUGGACAAAGUGCUUGCCACCUUCCUAGGUCGCCCGCCGCUCAUCAGCUGGCGCUACUGUGAUAUCCAAAUGCCACUUGACUUGAGCGUUGAGGAAAUAUUCGCCGAUUCAGUCGUUCGUAAUGCGGCAAUCGCUCGACUGGAUGAGAAGACUGGAUGGAAUCUAGAAUCAAGCUUGACAAAGGGCACGUGGCCACGAAUUGCCUUGAUCACUAGCGUACUCCGUGAGAAGGUCUUGGAAAUUUCACUAAGUUGCCAGCUCGAGAAUCUCAGUGAAAGAGUCGAACAGCUUUCACGCGAAUCCCGCCAAUUACGACAGGGACUGCCAGAAUUCCUUCAUUGGAAACCUGAUACUGAUGGGGCGGUUCUGUCCAGAGUAGAAUACGAUCUCCUUUUCGAGAUUCAUGUAGAGUUUCUCCACAACGAUUUCCUGCUUUACCGAACCCUCGGUAAACGCACCCAGACACAGCCUGAGGCAAUUAUUGGCAUCGCUCGAGAUAUACUCAAAGCAUUGGUCACUAUGAUUUCCGAGAAGACUCGCUCUAGACAGCCCAUCAAAGACAUUGCGUUUAAUGUGUGCUUACCGGGACUACCUUCUGCCGGUGUUCUCUGUGCAGAAUUACUGCGUCGAUCCCGAUCGACAGCGACAAGCUCUUUUCUGGGCUUUCCUCGCUCAGAGAUCAUUCAAAAUUUGACCCUUUUCGCAGCAUAUCUGGACACCAUCAUUAACCCUAAUGAUGGUAACUACCGUGUCGCACAGCAAGGCCAGAAGGCAAUCCGCCAUGUCUUAGACCAAGUCCUCUCCGUCGAAGGACUAGCCUCUGUCGUAGAAGACACUGGAACGAGUGACAAAUUGAUCGAUGAUGCGAGCUUGCUUGGCGGAGUAAAUUUCGACGAUCAUGACUUAUUUCUUGGUUGGCUUGAUGGCAAUAUCCAACACAUGUCCGACUCUUGGCUGGGAUGGGUUAAUUUCACCUGA